ACGACAUGCACUUAUUGUUUAUCGGCACGGUUUGGAGCUGUCACGAUGAGCUUUCGCGCGGGAUCUGGAGAUAUCGAUACCUCUUGCUUUUACUCGGUUUACACGCUGGAAAUACCCCCCCUUUCUGAUCACUCGGAAGACCGGUGUUUUCCUGCCUUCUCGCCAAAAACAAAAUUAUUGGACGAUGGCGCUCGCUUUUGCGUAUUUCUGGGAAUUCUGCGUUUCUCGUACACGGAUGGGCGUGUUUUAUCAGCAACGCAGCGGUCUAAUUUUUGCAUUUCAUCACUCGCAUCGGUGUUUGUUCACUACACAGUUCGGAGUACACUGGUUCGCAUCGGGGAAGCGGCAUCACGCACAAAUCAUCACUAUUUGUCACGACGUUGAGAAAACAAAAAGAACACUCUCCAAACACAUAGAACGCCCUCGGCUUGUUCGGGCGACGAAACCCUGGGGGCCGGUCACUGUUUUUGGGUCUUUUCCUGGGUUUUCCUUUUCAUCUGGUUGCAGGCGGGCGGGUUACUAUACAUUGGCCAAAGCGAGGCGGCGGUGUUCUUUGCGGGGAGAAUCAUUGGGUUUACACUGCGAUGGAGAUAUCCAAAUACGGGGAAACGGGAAAUCAGCAACCAUGUCUAGCAACACCUUUUGUUGUCGUUUAUGGGUCUAGCGGGCGAAAUCGCGCUCGCGGGGUUGUCUUGUUAAGUUGUCGUUUCAUCUUUGAGAGCAGCCUCAUUUUCUCAUGACCAGCGCGGCAAUCGCGGGG